CGAAAAGUCAAAAUACUAUCGUAGUUUCGGAAAGAUUUCAUCUUGAAAAUUUCAGCAGAUUUUAUUUGUUUAAUUGAAUUUGAAGCAAGGAUAGAAGGAACAUGGUGUGAAUAGAAGUCUUAAAUCAACGGUGCUUGUUUUAAGGAAAAUGACAACGUAAUAAAAGCUACAGUUCUAUUCUGUAACAUGUAUUUGAUAUUUACAUCUUGACAGAAACUGUAUACACAAAGCGAUUAUUUUGUGUUAGUUACUGCAAUAGCUUCAGAAAUGUUUUCUAAAACGCUGACGAGUAAAGAUAGUUUUUUGGAACAAACGAAAGCUGCCCGUGAAGAACGCGCUUUGGAAAAGAAACGAGAACAAUCUGCUGUAAAAAUACAAGCUUUGAUUCGCGGAUGGCUAGCGCGAAGAAGGUUUAUUUCCCGUAUUUUAAAUGAAUUUGAUGAGCUUCUCCCAGAGACUGCAGGUCACAGUUCCCAGGAGGAACCACCUCCCACAUUAGAUCUCAUUCCAGCGCUAGAUGUAUACAAAGUAACUUGCAGGCUAUUCUUAAUUUUCCAACAAAAGAGAGACAGAAAAAGAUUUGAAAAACUUUGUAAAUAUAUUGUACAGAGUCUGCAUUCGGAAUCGGUGAAAUUAUCUUAUGUUGGAGUAUUUUUGAACAAAGAAUACAGCUUGCGAUGGAUCUCACACAUAAAAGAUCUCUUGUACAAAUGUUGUUUAUAUUUGGAAGUAUUAAAAUUAGAAUCCCCAAUAGACAUGCAGAGUAUACUCGUCCAUCUGCACACUCUAGUUGCAUUGACUGCAACAAAUACUUGGGCACUAACUCGGUUGAAAAACUUCGAGAAGCUGAGAGGCGGUAUGAUGCAGUUGUGUGCAAAUAUUAUGGGCUCACUGUUUCAUAAAGGAUAUUAUUUAACUUUAAAGUCAUUACUUCUACGUGGUCUCUGCAGAGAGAAAGUGUGCUUGAAAAAUAUAGCAUUAACAGCAAUAGUAACAUUAUCAUUGAGGCCACUUAUAUCUGCUCAGUUCUCAGAAAAGUUGCUUACUAUGUAUAUAAUACAGAUUUUGUCGGUGCCUACACUCGUAUUUCAUAUGAACCAAAUAUCUCCAGAGUCUAUAAUAGCAUUCCGCACGAACGGUAUGUUUGACAAGUGCGUGGAGUUUCUAAGUACAGAUCAGAACAUGCGUAUCGUGUUCAAUACACUAGAAGGCAACUAUGCGUUGUGUUUACUGGCCAACUUGGUACAGUUGGCACAUUCUGAACGCGACCACGCGGCUCCAGAUACAUACUAUCCGACGUUUGUGUUGGUGGUGACUCGUUUCCUGGAUUCGUGCCAGCAAUACGUGGUCUGCAAGAAGGGCAACUUGAGCAAUUGGCAUCCGGUACUGGGAUGGUUCUCUCAGGGGUUGGAUUCGUAUCUACCGCCCGCUAUGACUAACCUGAGGGCCCAACUAUCUCUUCUAUGGGCCGCUCCAUUGCUUCAUAAACUACUGGCGACUCCACUUAAGGAAAUGCUAGAAGCUGGCAUAACAGGGGAAGAGGGGGCCGGUCCCUCGCAGCCUUCUACGCCGGUGCAAAGCAACAACCCCGCUGCCAUCAUACGGCGAGCCAUAGAGGCCAGGACCAACAGAGGCAAUGCUAACAAGAAUUACAGAAAACUGGGCUCUCCGGACUGCACCAAAGCGGCACUGAUAUGCACUAUGUACCACACGGCGCUGCAAACAAUGAAACAAGUCAGACUAGAUAUAUUAACAGGGUUAUGUAACCAGGACGAAAUUCUGUACUCGCUGUGGCAGUUCUUAUGCACGUUGGGGCCCAACUGCGGCUUGAAGGCUUUCUUAGAUCUCCUAGCGGCUAACACUAAAGCUUCGGCGCCGGAAUUUCAAAUGCUCGUGCUCUUUGCCGACUGUAUGACGCACUAUGUCACGAUACUGGAUGACAUGGAGAUGUACGAGCAACAGGAGCCAUUCAAGCUGCAAGACUUCGUGAACAUGUCGCUGUUUCUCAACAUGUUCGUCUACAAGUCUAUAAUGGGACAACUAUUCGAUUUGAAGACGAUCCAAAGCAACGAGUUAUUCAGCUGCAUGCACACUCUCCUAUUGGUCUUGUAUCGACGCGACUGCAGAAGAACAUACACGCCUCCCAACCAUUGGCUGGUGCGGGAAAUAAGAGAUUCGCAGUUCAUGGCCGAUCUGGAGAAGGGCAAGAAACCACAGCAGGUGCUGGUUCAAAAGACACCUCACAUGAUAGCUCACGGCGAAAGAGUGAGACUCUUCAGACGCGCUGUGGCUGACGAAAAGGUGGUGUUAGGUCUAACGGAGCGCGCUUGCGGUGGUCGCUCGACGCUAGUGACGGUCCGUCGUGCGCGUCUCGUAGAGGACGGGUACAGACAGCUGGCCGCGUUGCCGAGUCGCGCGCUCAAAGGAUGCGUGCGUGUACGAUUCAUCAACGAACAGGGGCUGGACGAAGCCGGCAUCGACCAGGAUGGCGUCUUUAAAGAAUUCCUCGAGGAGACGAUAAAGCGGGUAUUUGACCCGUCUCUAAACCUGUUUCGUGUGACGAGCGAGGAGCGUUUGUACCCAUCGCCCACGUCUUGUCUGCAGGAGAAUCACCUGCAGCUAUUCGAAUUCAUCGGCCGGAUGCUCGGCAAAGCCGUCUAUGAGGGUAUCGUGGUAGACGUGCCGUUUGCGUCGUUCUUCCUCAGCCAAGUGCUGGGACAAACGCAGCAAGCGCUGUACAGCUGGAUCGAUGAGCUACCCUCGCUUGACCGCGACUUGUACCGCAGUCUUACUUAUAUCAAGCACUUCCAGGGAGAUAUAUCUUCUUUAGAGCUCACAUUUUCAGUGGACGAAGAACGAUUAGGGGAAAUAGUCACACACGAACUCGUGCCAGGCGGGAAGGCCAUUCCAGUCACUAAUGAAAACAAGAUAAAUUACAUACACUUGAUGGCGCACUUCAGAAUGCACACGCAAAUAAAGGACCAAACAAACGCUUUCAUUAAGGGUUUCCGAACUAUUAUAAAUCCAGAGUGGUUGUCGCUGUUUUCAACACCUGAGCUCCAAAGACUGAUAAGCGGCGACAACGUACCGCUGGACCUGCGUGACCUGCGUCGUCACACCCAGUACUACGGCGGUUUCCACGACUCGCACCGCGUCGUGUGCUGGCUGUGGGAUGUACUGCAACGAGACUUUACCGAAAACGAGCGAGCCAUGUUCUUGAAGUUCGUAACGUCGUGCUCGAAACCACCAGUGCUCGGGUUCGCGCACCUCAAACCGCCAUUUUCGAUACGAUGCGUGGAAGUCGGCGACGAUGAAGACACCGGAGACACUAUAGGCAGCGUGAUCCGCGGCUUCUUCACAAUCAGGAAGAAGGAUCCGUUGAACCGACUGCCGACUUCUUCCACUUGCUUCAAUCUCCUCAAGCUGCCCAACUACCAGAAGCGAAGCACGCUUCGGGACAAACUUCGCUACGCUGUCAACAGCAACACUGGCUUCGAACUGUCUUAAGUAAGCCAGCAGUAAUAUUAAACGGAAAAAUCUUAAGGGGCUAAUUUUAUACCGGGAUUUUUUUUUAUGAGGUAGCCAAAAGGGCUUUUUAUCCCCCUUAUUUAAUAAGCGAAGAAUAAAUUUGGAUUAGUUACUCCAUAUGUUGUCUCUGUUCAUUUAAUGACAAAUUGCAUUUAAGUAAUAUGAACAAAACACAGCAUAACUAGUCUAAGCCUAUUUCUCGGUAUAAGGGGUAUAUUAUGUUUGGAAAGACAAAUUAGGAAAAUUUGAAAGAAACUAUAUAAUUUAUAUAUUUUAUACUUCUCCAGCUGCCCAACUACCAAAAUCGCAGCAUUCUCCGAAAAAAAUGCGAGUAACGAAUGAGGACAGCACCCUAAGCACGAACUUUGAUGGGACCAUAAUUGUAUGGCCAUCGUCAAAGUUUCUAUGGAAACUAAACAGCGCCCCUGCCGGACGUAAGAACAAACUGUAUCCUUCUGUAGAAACUUCGGCGAUGGCGAUACGAUUACGGAUCUCAAAUUUCGUGAUUAGAGUACUGAUACUAGAGCUUGGAAAUAUUGAAAAUUUACAAUAAUUUAUUAAGCCAAAUGAAAAUAUUAUGUAUGUAGAACGGACUUCACAAACCCAAAUCAAACAAUUCGUGUGCUCAUGAAUAACAUCGUCGACCACAAUUGUAUAGACUGCUGUACUGAAAAGUACCAUUUUAUACUAUACUUAUUUAUUAGAAGAACAAAAGGUACUAUCCUUUAUUUUAUUUAUUUUAUAUUUACUUAAUAUUUGCGAACUCCUUUAAUUCCAUCUAGUCCAGACUUUAUCCAUUAUUGGACUUGAUUUUUAUCCCGAUUCGCCAAUGGUAUUACAAAACAGUAUAGUGGAUUCUGGCACGGUUCUCUUAAACUUAAAGCUAAAUUUAACAUCACCCUCCACUUUUCGUUUUGCAUAGAGAAUGAUAAGGAUACACUGUUGUCAAAUCUAAGUUUAGGUUUAGAGAAUCUUGUCAGAAUAGACACUACAAACGUCUUUCAUUAAGUGACUUAAGCCAACACUUUCUAAAAGGCCUCUGCGAGCUGCGGGGAGCAGGAUUUCCCUUACUAUGGCUUGUUCUUCGAAACGAAUAAGUACCGAGAAAAUGCGCUUUGUCUAUAAGUAAUUGUUCAGAGUCGGUCGUUCAUAGAACGAGGAUUUUGCGAUCCGUACUGUUCAGAUCCAUAGACAGACCAUUAAUCAAUUAGUAUAUAGUUUUAUUGAUGUUAUUAUAAUUUUUAGCAAGAAAGUGCAUUUGAAGAAUCGAACUAACUUUUUUUAUCAAUAUUAAAUUUGUGUAUAUGUAGAUACUUAUUUUGUUUUGCUAUCUUACUUGUCGUUAACUGGUUCCGUGCCCAAGAACGAAUUUUUGACUGCACCGUAAGUUGUCGUAUCGCCAAAGUUUCUAUUAAAAAAAACUAACAGCGCUCCUAUCGGACGUAAGAACAGACUAGCUUUUCCGAGCUGUCAAAAAUUCGUGCUUGUCCGAUCCUCUACCCUUAUCAAUUGCAACUGUCUGUCAGAACAAGCUGUCUAACCGUCGUAUUUAAAGAAAAGUCAAAGUUAUUACUUCCGCUUAAAGUGUAAGUCAUUACUUGAGCAACAUUUUUUCAUUUCAAUAUAAAAAAAAUAAGGUAAGAAAUGACAAAAAUUACAUUUCAAUAGAUACAAUUUUCGUUGCUAAUUGACCAUUUGAGGGGUAUACGAUCAAAGUUGGUAAAGUCCACAUUGCCAAAAUGUUCAGUAAACGUUAAAAACGAUUAUUUUAAUAAUUACAGGUAACUAUUCUAAUUUUGAACAUUAUUUAUAUGCAGAAUGUAAUAUAUUAUGGAAAUACAAGUGUUCAUCACGUUCACUUCAAUAUUUUUGAGUAAAACCUUAAGUAUAAGAUGGACUUUUCCAGUUUUGUUACCAAGUUUUGGACUUUACUAAGUUUGUGACUGUAACACAACAAAAGAGCAUUACAACAUCAAAGGACGCCAUGACAGCUGUCAGUGAAAUGGAGGAAAUGGAGCCUUCCUAUGGGUGGAAAACGACUUUACGCAAAUUGAAACUCAUCUCACUUGGACUUUGCUACAUUUGUUUGUAGAGUCAAUUUUCAAUUUGAAAUAACAGUCGAGAUUUCUAGAAUUUGUAUAAAAUUAUUCUACGGUAUAAAAAUAGAUACGGAAAUGAAUGUGUUGUAAUUUAAAUCUCACUUUUUAAAUUUUCUGGACGUUUAACUUUGGCUGUAUACCCCUGAUUUGUUUUAUUGAAGAAUUCUUGUGUCAAGACUUGAUUACUUAGCAACAAAGUAAUUACUUACCAACAAGUGAUUACUUGCUGUUUAUAAAUACGAGAGGAAAAGCUCGUUCUCAUAAGGUUAGUAAGAGAAACCCUGUCCCCCGCACAAUCUAUAUACCGGCUGUUCAAAGCAAUGAAACAAAAUGGGAUAUUGCGAACGAAAGAAAUGAAAUAAUCGCAUUUUUUAUCAAAAUUUGUAUCAUAAAUAUUAGUCAAUGGUUAUAAAAGUUUGUUAAUUACUUUUUUCAAUAACUUUGAACAAUAAGCGUUGUUUAACUUUUAUUUUAACUUUUGUACAACGUUACUUGGAAUUGCAGAAUACCCUAUCAUGAGAUCCCGUUUUAAUGUAUUUUUUAUCAAUGCAAUUUUUUUUAGUAUGUUAUAUCGUUGCAAAUGAAGGAUGUUGAUAAUUUUGAUUUGAAGCAAAUAUCUAAGAUGUAUUUCGUGUUCUACUGAUAAGCAACAUCUACCAGUUAAUUAAAAAUCGAACUCAAAACAAAACGAAGUAAGUAGUACAUAUACAGAGAGAUAAAUAAUGAUGACCAGACACGUAGCCAUUACAAAGUAAACUUAUUAAUCGUUUGAAAACAUAAGUACGUCUUGCCAAGGCUUAUGGUUAAAUUUUGUUGUAUGCAGUAAAUGCAUAUAUAUAUAUAUUGCUACGUAUAUGACUAACAGAAGGGUGUACUAUCAGUAACGAGUAAAACUAAUGUUUAUAUUAUACACUGUGAAUUUUCAGUUACCUGAGAAUUUUUUUUAGUAAAUUCAGACAAAGAUUAAAGUUAUCUUACCCCAUUUUUUUGUUUUGUUUUUUUGAAAAGGUUACCAUGUUAACUUAAUAAUUGUGCAAUCACAAAACUUAACCAAUUAUAGUUGUCAUAAAAUUCACUUAAAAAAACCUUCUUUAGGGAUCGUAAUUUAGACAGAUAAUAAUUUCAUAUUAUGUAUGUUAUAACAAAUGUGCGCCGUUUAUAAAAUAUUUUGUAAACUUUUUAAAUCAAUAUUUUUGUAUGGAGGUAGUACAUUUAAUGUUUAUAACUGUCCUCAUUACUUUUAUUAUACAUUUUUUUUAAGUUUCUCCGGUAACUCAACAUUCACCGUGUAUAAUUAUGUGAUUGCAAAAUUUAUUAAAGAAGUAAAUUUAAAAAAUAUCGCGGUUGAGAUUUAUCAUAGGAGACUUCUACUACAUUUUCUGGUGACUUAAGCUCCUUAGCGACCAUUGAACUCGAACAAAGCUUAGUGCUACAUUCGGUUAUUUAACAGUAAUAAUACUAUAGUAUUAUAGAAGAAGAAAAAUCUACUAUUCUCCUCGCUCCUACAUCCGUCACUGUCUAUAUACUCGUGCAUGAGUUACAUGAGCUGCGUUCGGUAUUUGCAUCGUAGAGACGACGCAUUUUCGAUCAUUUUCGACAGAUUAAUCUGAGGAAAUUGCUGUUACCGAACUGCCCGACCAACCGUUGAUUAAUUUCUAACCUCAAACAGAAACUCACCUCGCAACAUGACAGAUAACCAGAUCAAUCUUUCUCGUCGGUCGAAAUUCUCCGCGCAAACAGAUUUACAUCGGCCAUAAAUUUCGGAAUUACUGAACGGUUCAGAUUGCAUCAUCAUCAUCAGCCUAUUAAUGUCCCCACUUCUGAGGCACAGGCCUUCCCAAUCGAUUGCAUAGCGAGAUUGGCCCAUGACCCACUACGUUAGCCCACUGCGGAUUGGCGGCUGCUAACGACUGCAGAGUUAACCGGGAUCAACGGCUUAAAGUUCCGAAGCACGGAGGAACUCGAGAUAGAAGAUUUUUGGUCACCCAUCCAAUGACCGACCAUUGCGAAAGUUGCUUAACAUCAACGAUCGCAGCCGAACGCGCUAGCCACCUGCGCAAUCGAGCUCAAUCGGUUCAUAUUUACUCUAGAUAUAAUAAACGAACGACACUAACUAAAUUCAUUAAUCAGACGCAAAUAACGAACGCAGCUAUGGAUUUCGAUGAGCUUUUCUUGCGAGAUGAAAAUUUAUAUAGAUCUGCGCCAUUUCGGCCUUAAGGUCUUAACAGAACAAUAAAGGUGAAAAAGUAUUUAAUGUCUCUCAAUACUUUGAAAAAAAGAACUUGUGUUGAAAAUAGUGAAACCAAAAUGUAAAUUAAUUGUAAUGAAAUCUUUGUACAGAUAUAUAAAUAAUUGUGAUGUGUGAAUUGUAGUGAGCUAGUAAUAAUGUAUGGUCGUCACUACUUUAGUCAGUCACGUGUACGGUUUGAACUUAGAUUAAAACAAAAAGGGAAG